UAGACUGAUGAUAUACCGGAUCCAUAUCUGAUUCGAAUCCGCCGGAUCUGUUUUUUAAGGAUACAAAUCCGUUAAAACGAAUAUGGAUCCACGGAUUCGAGUCGGGUCCAAUACCAUUGCCAUUCCUAUCUUGAACUACCCACUUACUUUACUCUCUUUUUCUUCACAAGUCACUAUUUCUUAUUUAUAUUCUUAUUUACAUACUAAUAGAAUACAUUUAUUAGUCAAACCCCAUUUAAUUCUAUCUUUUAUCAGUCAACUCUCAUAUUUUAAAACUCAUCUCCAAUAAUUUCUCCCUUUCUCAACUCCUUCUAUCACUAUAUAAAACCAAUACAGUCAGUCCCCUUCUCAUAACCCAUCCAUAUUCAUUGUAAUCACUCUCAAAAACCACCCAAUAAUGGAAGAUGAUACAUUCUAUUAUUUCCAAGACACUGAUCUUGAUCUAAGCUUCACUUCCACCAUUACCGACCGAACUCUUACUUCUUCCAGUGCACGUAGCAGUUUAACCCGCAGCAGUCUCACCCUAAGCUUCAACGACCGAAUCUCCACCACUUCCACCCCACCAAACCACCACCCUAACAUCACCAGACCCCACAGACAAAACGAUCCACACUGGUCCGCCAUUCACGCCGCCACAAACCUCUCCCCUGACGGCCGCCUUCAUCUUCGCCACCUCAAACUCAUCCGCCAUCUCGGAACUGGUAACCUCGGACGCGUCUUCCUAUGUCGUAUACGAGAUUACCAUCAUUCUACCCCCAACUCCCAUUUUGCUCUUAAAGUUGUAGAUAAAGAUUCUCUUUCACCAAAAAAACUAUCCCAUAUUCAAACCGAAACCCAAAUUCUUUCCUUACUUGAUCAUCCUUUUUUACCUACACUUUAUGCUCAUAUUGAAGUAUCCCAUUACACUUGUCUAUUAAUCGAUUAUUGCUCCGGUGGAGACCUUCAUUCUCUUCUCAAAAAACAGCCCGGUAACCGAUUACCGGUUCAAGCAGUAAAAUUCUACGCAGCAGAAGUUUUAGUUGCGUUAGAAUAUCUUCAUUCUCUUGGGAUUGUUUACCGUGAUCUUAAACCAGAAAAUAUUCUGUUAAAACAAGAUGGGCAUAUUAUGUUAUCUGAUUUUGAUCUGUGUUUUAAAUCUGAAAUCAUUCAUAAGAUUGAGAAAAUAGGAAAAGAUGAUGGGUUUGGAGAGUUUGUAGCGGAGCCCACAGGGGCUUUUUCUAAAUCAUGUGUUGGGACCCACGAGUAUUUAGCUCCUGAGUUAGUUGGUGGUAACGGUCAUGGUAACGGCGUUGACUGGUGGGCGUUUGGGGUGUUGUUGUAUGAGUUGAUUUAUGGUACGACGCCGUUUAAGGGAGUGAGUAAGGAAGGGACGUUAAGGAAUAUUGCAUCAUCGAGGGGUAUGAAGUUUGGAAAUAUUUUAGAGGAAGAUAAGGAAAUGUUGGCGGCUAAGGAUCUUAUUGAGAAGUUGUUGGUUAAGGAUCCUGGAAAAAGGAUGGGGUCCACAAGGGGGGCAGUUGAGAUUAAGAAGCAUCCGUUUUUUAACGGUAUUAAGUGGGCGUUGAUCCGGAGUUACCGGCCACCGGAAGUGCGUGGAGGGCUCGUGAGGAAGAGUAAGAGUCACGUGAGUGGGGUCCAUAGGAGGAGGAAGUGGUGGUGGAAGGGAUUGACUUUUUUGUUGAAGAGAAAUAAAGUUUCUAAGGUUUCACAUAAUUAAUUAUAGUAGUAAUAAUUGUAACAUGAUGUAAUUAUUUUUAAAAAAAAAAAUUAGAGUUGAUGGUUUGAGAAUAUGAUGAGAUUGAGGCGUUGUAAAAAAGAAAAGAGUAACAUAUUUCAACAAUUUUGUGGUUUUAUUUUGAAAAAAAUGUAUAGAGUUUUAAUGUAUUUUUGUGAAAUUUUAAAAAGUAAACUUUUGAUAUGUUUUUGCUUAAUUCUUUCUUAAUCUCUUCAAUUU